UUUUACCGGCCAUUUACUAAACAACUAAAUAACAUCCGGUCCAUCGAAACCAUGAAAACGUACAUAUGUAUUCCGAUUGCCUAUAUCAUCUCAUUCAUUGAUUUCUAGACUCAUUCUACGAGUGCUUACAGUUGAGAACGGACGUCUUGAAUUUUUUUCUCUCUUCAUUAGCCACUGACUUAUAUUUACUACAACUAUUUCGCGAUGGAUAGAAAUCAACAACAAUAUGGACAACGCAUGUUGAUGAACUCUGCCAGUCGCCAAUGCACCGAGUGCAGGCGCCAUCCGGCUGGUCGACAGAUGGCAGCAACCUCAGGACGCCGUUCGACUACGGAAUACGUGUCGAACGUUCGAGACGGACGACCACGUACAUCUUUGGUCGAAAGAGGCAACCGUGGUUAUGGUAAGAGCAAUAAUAAUGUUUUUCGUCCUAGGGAUGUUCACAGGGAACAAGGGUCGAGUGAAAUGCGGCGGAUCGGCAGGACGCCAGAGUCGGGCAGCGGAGAUACUUCCUCUCCACCGUUCCGGCGGUCUUCGUCACGAGCGCAUCGCGCUGGACCGGGAAAAACGUUGCUCGUACACGGGCUGGAUGGUGAUAUAAAUUGCAACAAAAUAUUCAACAUGUUCUGUCUGUACGGCAACGUGACAGCCGUGAAAAUACUCAAGAAAGGACAGGUACUCGUCGAGCUAAACGACGUCGAGGCUGCCAAACGGUGCGUGGCCCACCUACAUUUGAUGCCGUUGGAUCAGCAAAAAAAGCUGAAAGUGAAGUAUUCCAAUUUUUCUUAUAUACGAGAUCAAGGAAAAGUAAUCAGAUUGCCGGACGGGACGCCGACAAUGAAAUAUUACGAUACCAGUAAACUUAACAGGUUUUCGUAUAAAAAAAAGUUUAUAAACGAGCGUCGAAUCGCAGCACCGUCGAAGAUUUUGCAUUUCUUCAACACACCGUUGGAUAUAAGUGGCUCGCAGAUUCGCAGGGCAGUGAUAAACACCCUCAAUUGCAAAGACGCGGUCCGAUCGAUUACAAUUCUACCCCAAAAACAUCCCGGUGCUAAAUGUUCGACCGGCUUUUUGGAAUUGAAAAGGGUUGACCUGGCGGCCAAAGUUAUAUUUUUGUUGAAUCACAUGCAGCUAGAAUCGUCAAGAUCCAAAUACCCGUUCCUAAUGAAAUUAUGUUUUUCAAAAUGGUCGGAGAUGCGGCAAAAGUCCGAAGACUCAACUGCCCUUGUUUUCAACGCCACACCGCGUAACUCUCAGUGGUUGUUCCACAGACAUGAACACCGAGUGUCCAUGGUGGAGUAUAAAGUGUCACGGGUAACGCGAGUGACCGACGAAGAUUAUCCCUGGACUUUAUGGGAUAUGAGGGACCAUGCGACGGAGGCCAUUGACCCUGAAGCCGGAACUUCAUCAGAUACCCAUUGCAGACCAAGUGAUGAGUCGGGUACGUUGCUGAACCCGCAGACGGUGUUGCCAGGACUGCCAGUUGACGAGUGA